AUUGUGCUACGGUCUAUCCACCCCCCUGCUGCUGCUGGGCUUGUGAUUGCCGCUCGCUCCAGCUGAGCUAAGAGUAGCAGCGGCAUCAGGGCAGGGACUGACUCCAGCCCUUGGACUAAAGACUUCGCACCACCUUACGUUGCGUGCGUGACUCGUUCGCAUAUCAUUUCUGUUUAUGCCUGGGGUGGGGAGAAAUAUCCCAAACCAGGUUCCUUGAAGAUGUGACAGCCUGGUUGGUUUCUCUGAAUCUGCUGAAGUUUGUAGAGGCAACUGGAAGAUUCUCUCUGCAUGAGCUGUGUAAAUGAGUAUGGAAGAUUAUGAUUUCCUGUUUAAAAUUGUUUUAAUUGGCAAUGCUGGUGUGGGGAAGACGUGCCUAGUCCGACGAUUCACUCAGGGUCUUUUCCCCCCAGGUCAAGGAGCCACAAUUGGAGUUGAUUUUAUGAUUAAGACCGUGGAGAUAAAUGGUGAAAAAGUAAAGCUUCAGAUCUGGGACACAGCAGGUCAGGAGAGAUUUCGGUCCAUUACUCAGAGUUAUUAUCGAAGCGCCAAUGCCUUGAUCCUCACCUAUGACAUAACCUGUGAGGAAUCCUUCCGUUGCCUUCCUGAGUGGCUGCGGGAAAUAGAACAAUAUGCCAGCAACAAGGUCAUCACUGUGCUAGUGGGCAACAAGAUUGAUCUGGCUGAAAGGAGAGAGGUCUCCCAGCAGAGAGCUGAAGAAUUCUCGGAAGCCCAGGACAUGUAUUAUCUGGAGACCUCAGCCAAGGAAUCGGAUAACGUGGAGAAACUCUUCCUUGACUUGGCGUGUCGCCUCAUCAGGGAAGCCAGGCAGAACACACUUGUGAACAGUGUAUCAUCACCCUUACCUGGAGAAGGGAAAAGCAUCAACUAUUUGACUUGUUGUAACUUCAACUAAAGGCCGAGGCAAGGAGAAGCAAGAGGAAUCAUCAGCUGUCCCAAUGGGCCACAAAUUGCUGGGGAGAUCUGGCGACGAUGAUGGCUCCCGCUCUCAGACCUUCUGACUCCUGAGUUUACAAAGCAUGGCAGGCCAAGGGCGUAGUCCACAGGCCGGGAUUAGCAGAACAUAUAAUGGUUUCAUCCUUUUGCAGUCUGGAGUCAGAGCAAGGAGACGAUUGCAUUAAGCGCUCCAUGACCUGCAGAGCAUGUUGCUUUUGUUUUUUUUAAAAAGCAAGCAAAAGCGCAUUCCUGAACACAGUCCAGGGGAAUCCCUCCUGCACACCAGUGGGUGCAUGUGGGGGCUGUUCUUUAGGGCUUCUGGGGACCCUGGUUUUCUUGUCCACCAGAUAAACCAAAACUGGGAAGGCCAAGUACUGUCUCUGUGGUGCGUGUCGAUGACCCCAUGGAGAUUCUGAAGUGUUAUUUCUCUUGUCUACAGGCACUUUCAAGAACUUUGGGAUGUAAAGAUGGAAAAAACCUUUACCCAUGACCAAGAGUUAACAUUUAUUGUUUUAAUGAUAUAUACAAGCUCAUGACUCCUUUUGGUGCUAAUGAUUCCGCUAUUUCACAGACCAAAUGUUUUAGUACAUUGAUGUCCUUAAAUGCAUUUCAUAGAAAUAAAAAAAAAAUUAAGGGAAGUCCAUGAAUCAGCACUCUUUCUCAAAGUCUUGUUAUACCUUUUUUAGGGUGGAUUUGUUGGAAAAGAGAAUACUUUCCUUUCAUGUUCCCCUCUAAAUCUUACCAUUUUCUUCUAUUUUCUCAUCUUUCCUGCCCUUUGAGUAAAUGAAAAAAUUUGAAAAACGAAAAACAAGAAUGGUUGAUAUAAUAUUCUGAUAUGAAAGAUUAGCUCUAAGACUCUAUGAGUACGUGUGAGGAAACAGACCAGAUCUGACCAAAAUACUGUGGAUUCAUGGACUGCAGUGCAGAGCUCCAAGUAGGCACAACCCUUGAGUGGGUCACAUCUUUCUCUUUCUGGUACUAUCUUUCUUGGACAGACCAAGGCCUGGGGUUUUGUAGGUUUUUAGUAUGAUAAGUGAAAACAGCAACAGAUGAAAACUCUCAUGAACCGUUUUUGUAUCUUCAAUGAUAACCUUAGAAAGUUUCUGCUUGCGGAAGCAGGUUCAGUUGUCAUUUGUCACCUCCUUUGUGUAGUAAUGUCACCUUCAGACCAUACCUUCUUUCCUCUUUCUUUUCUCUUUUUCUCCCUGUCUUUUCUGGUCUCUCCCUUCUUUUCUUCUUUCCUCCUUCCCUCUUCUGAACUCCCUCCUUUCCUUAUAUGCAUGUGUUACUGCAAAUCUCCAAUUCAAAUGGAGGUGUAUAUGCCUUUACUUAGCCAAUUUUAAACCAGGAUUCAAAAAUGGAAGACAGGCUGCUGAAUAUGUAUUAUGUCUUCAGUGCCAUACUUUGAUACCUUCCAAUUUGUUCACUGAUAUAAAUGCAAAUUGGGAAAGUAAUUAAACCUGUAUGUUGUU